GGUCGGUUGUGUUUCUGACCGAUUGUAUUCCAACCGUUUUGUGUUCUUAAACUUGUUGAUUUGAAGCAACAGGUCUUUAAGAUAAGAUUCAAGUUGGAGUGGUGUUGUGUUGUUUUAAUUGUACAGGGUCUUUUAUGCAGCAGCAGGUGUGUGGCCACCAGAAGGGCUCGCGGGCCAGUCACUGCUGCGCGGCAGCUCGGUAGACUACGCGGCAGUGCUCCUGCUCGCGGCGAUGGCUGCCGUGCUGCUGGCUGCCGUCGGCUACCAGUGUGCCGCCACCUGGCGCUGGAUCAUGGGCAGGACUAGGCGCGACUCUGAAGACAGCAACUGCGACUCCUUAUCGCGACAGGCUGCCAUCCGCAUCAGCCACUCCCUCCCCGACCUUCAGUCCGAGCCCCUUAAACAGGAAUAUGUCCAGGAACACAAAGACCCUGCUAAGAAGGUAUUACGUCAGACCACACUGCCGAUCGUGCCGACCCGCCACCAGACCUUCCAGCGGCAACUGUCACACCGACUCGACCUGCCUUCCAUCCAGUUCAGCAUCUGCAGUCUGGAGCGAGCUGAUUCGUCCAUUGGUCUUAUCAAGCCGGAGUUGUAUAAGAACGAGUUAGUUCGUCAGUCAUCGACGGACAGCGCCGAAUUGGAGUUCUGUGGCAAGCUGCACUUCGCUCUCAAGUAUGACCACGAAGUUGAAGCCCUGGUUGUGAAGAUCUUCGAAGCCCGCGACCUACCGGUCAAGGACGUGUCUGGCAGCAGUGACCCUUACAUCAAGGUGUUCCUACUCCCGGAUCGCAAGAAGAAAUUCCAGACGAAGGUACAUCGCAAGAACCUCAAUCCGGUGUUCAAUGAGACCUUCCUCUUCAGUGUGAACUAUGAAGAGCUACGCCAGCGGUACCUGCAGUUCUCCGUGUAUGACUUCGACCGCUUCAGCCGGCACGACCUGAUUGGCCACGUCGUCCUCAAGGGUUUGCUGGAGGCAACCGACCUCAACCAGGAGAUUGAAUAUACUAUGAACAUCCUCGCGCCGCCGCAGGAAAAGAAAGAUCUUGGCGAGUUGAUGUUGUCGCUGUGCUAUCUUCCCACUGCUGGGCGUCUUACCGUCACCGUAAUCAAGGGAAGGAACCUGAAGGCUAUGGACAUCAAUGGAUCUUCCGAUCCUUACGUGAAGAUCUGCCUGAUCUGCCAAGGCAAGCGAAUCAAGAAGAAAAAGACGACGGUCAAGAAGAACACCCUCAGCCCAAUCUACAAUGAAGCGCUGGUCUUCGACCUUCCUGCUGAAAACGUCUAUGACGUCACACUCCUAGUCAAAGUCAUUGAUUAUGACAGGAUUGGCCCGAACGAGCUGAUAGGCUGCACAGCUAUUGGUUCCACGCUGAUCGGUAUUGGGCGCGACCACUGGUUGGAAAUGUUGGACAACCCUCGGAAACCCGUCGCGCAGUGGUACCAACUUAACAAGAGUCCGCCGACGAACAUCGCGCUGCCGGCGAAUGAUCAAAAUGUUGGGCUAAGCUGCUUGAAUGGAAGAUGAAGGGAUUCCAGAAAUUAAUAUCACGGAGUCAUCGUACCGGCGUCUACUUCGAAAGGUACCACUACCUGAGACCUGGAUAUCACCAGAAUGACACUCUAGAUGCCAAAGUAUAGCAUUAGUAAAUGUGAUUAGAGGAAUAAUGGUUGUUGUCCAUUUACUGUAGCAUUAUUAUAUAUAAUUUAACUUAAAAGAAUCAAUGUCAAGUGAUACAGAUGUAGAAUUUCUGAUUAGAUGUCGAUAUAUUUAGCAAAUAUAUGUUGACGUAGACAAAGAAUUUAACCUUUAGAAUUUAGUUAGACCAUCAUAAUUUAGUAGAUGUUGCUAAUAUACCCAGGAAAAAAAAUAUAAUAACCGUAGAUUCAUUUGUACCAUUAUACUUACCGUUUUCAUCCUAUACAUGUCUAAAUCUUCCGUUCCUUUCGAUAAAUUUACAUCUACGUUUAUAUAUUAUUAUACCAACUCAAUAUUAUAUAUUAUAUACACUAUUACUUCUAUUUAUAUAUGUAUAUCUGAAUACGCACACUUCAAAUUCAAGACUUAUCGUAUCAUGUACAUAUAUUAGUAAAUGUUAAUAGUUGUCUUUU